CCCCGUUCGUUCAUCGCGCGUCGCCCGCAACAUGGAUGGCUUCAAAGUAUUCGAAGUUGUGUACCACUCGCCCAUCAGUCCGCUCCUGCUGAUUCCCCCCGUAGUUACUAUCGCGCUUACCUUGGCUUGCUACUGUUAUCACUGCCAUCAGUGCAUCCGCGAUCGCCGAACAGCGCGCAUCGAGGAGCAGCAAGCCAGAAAGCAGUUGCUGCCACUGCCCCUCAGCCGGCUGUCGAUCACUCCGGGAUGCAAGGAAGUCGCCUGCACGAAACUAACCCACACCCGGAAUAGCGUUGACAUAUACUAA